GUUGCAAUACCAAUAGAAAGUCUAAACUACUAGCGUGCAAAAAGCUGACGUUGAUAUACACAAAGCCUUUUCAGGCAAACACUUUUUAGAUACAUUGGUCACAUUUGUAGUGUUUUUGGAUUAAAGUUUUUGUGAUUGCUUGUAAAGUAUCAGAAACAGGAUUUUCCUAUUCCUUUCCUACUUCCUUAAUAGGAAAGUAUAAAACCAGGACUUAAUUUCAGAAACUAACUUCAAAAUGAAGUCAUGCUUUGUUUCUUGAUAUUAGUAAUAAGAUCCCAGUAAGAGUUCAGGAUCUGUACGAUAGAUAAACUGCUAAUGGUUCUGCUGAUGUGUCUACGAAGCCUGAAGCAGUCUCAGUUCCCACUAUCCAAGAGCAGCCAGAAUUGUUAGCCUUGCAUAAAAUAGUUAUCAGAAGUAAUUAGGGUACCAGAAAGAAAGCUGGAUGUGUAGCUACUGAAGGGAUCAUUCUUAGAAAUUCGGUCUCACUCCUUGAAUACCUGUCAUCAGAGCACCCUAAGGAGAGCUCUCUGAAGCACGUUAUUUGCAGUAGGAUCCUUACUCAUUUUAAGUGGCUGCUCAUGCUGCCUUAGAAGCAGGUGUGGUAUUUGACAGACACAGGUAUUGCUUAUACAUUUAUAAAUGCAACAAAAGUAACUGAUGUUUUAAUACUAUCUAAUCUUCUACAUUUUCCCAGUACUAGGACAAAAUUGCCUAUAUACCUUCAGAUGAAAGGAAGUAUUUGUCUGGAAGGGAAACCAGUAAUGUCUGUCCUGAAGCAAGUGUCUUCCUUCUUAUAGCUGUGGUGCCCAGAGGCCCUGUUGUGCAGUGUGCAAAGCCAUUAAGAAACAAAGGGCAAACAAUAUAAGAGCUGCCAUCUGAAGUCUUCAAGGAUUCCACCUAACUGGAAGAAAUAGUGACUUCAGAGUUGUAAGCUUUCCUCAGUUUUCUGUCUCCUGUCACAGAGACAGGGAAUGGCAACUGUCUCGUUCUCUUUGAGAAGGCAUCACUGCAACUACUUAGCCUGAACUGCUGCAGAAAACAAAUUAUUCUUUCUCAGGGAGCCAAAGGAGAGCAACUUGUCUAAGUUGUCAUAGUUCCACUGACUUUGCUGUGCUAUGUCAAAUCUACAUCCGUUGAGUACAUGCAGCCUCAUUUUGCUAGCAGGAAGAACAGGAUUCAAACCCAGAAGUAUUAAUGUUAAGAUGAUGGGUUUGUUUUGGAAGGCUCUCGAUUUGGCAGCCCUUGCCACUGAGCAUGCACAAUUCAAGGACUGGUGGUGGAAAGUCCAAAUUGGGAAGUGCUACUAUAGGUUAGGAUUAUAUCGUGAAGCCGAAAAACAGUUUAAGUCAGCUCUCAAGCAACAGGACAUGGUUGAUACAAUCUUGUAUUUGGCAAAAGUGUAUUUGCGCUUGGAUCAGCCUGUAACAGCUUUGAACCUUUUCAAGCAAGGGUUAGAUCGAUUUCCUGGAGAAGUGACUCUUAUAUGUGGAAUUGCCAGAAUCUAUGAGGAAAUGAACAAUAUCUCCUUGGCUGCAGAGUUCUAUAAAGAUGUCUUAAAACAAGACAACACUCACGUGGAAGCCAUUGCAUGCAUUGGCAGUAACCAUUUUUAUUCAGACCAGCCAGAGAUAGCUCUGCGGUUUUAUAGACGGCUCCUGCAGAUGGGUGUUUAUAACUGCCAACUUUUUAACAACCUGGGCCUGUGUUGCUUUUAUGCCCAGCAAUAUGAUAUGACACUGUCUUCAUUUGAACGUGCACUGUUUUUGGCUGAAAAUGAGGAGGAGACAGCAGAUGUGUGGUACAACUUGGGACACGUGGCUGUGGGGAUAGGAGACCUGAAUCUGGCUUACCAGUGUUUCAAGCUAACGUUAGCCAACAAUAAUGACUAUGCAGAAGCUUACAACAACUUGGCUGUGCUGGAAAUGCGGAAAGGUCAUGUUGAACAGGCAAGAGCUUUGCUGCAAACUGCUUCAUCUUUAGCACCUCAUAUGUAUGAGCCCCAUUUCAAUUUUGCAAUACUCUCAGAGAAGGUUGGAGAUCUUCAGAGGAGUUACACAGCUGCUCAGAAGUCAGAAGAAGCGUUUCCAGGCCAUGUUGAUACACAACAGCUCAUCAAACAGUUAAAACAGCACUUUGCUAUGCUCUGAUGAGUAUAUUUUUUGUGUAAAAAUAGUUGGCCAGAGUAAAUGUCCCAUACAUCUUUUUGAAAAUACUAGCUUGAAGUAGAUAAACUAUACUUAAUGCAUUCCUGUGGCAAAGCCUGUGUUACUUUGAGUAGCGGGAAAGGUUUAAGAGUCCCAAUCAGUUUCUGUCAUCUUAAAACAUAUCACUUAUUAAAAUGCAACUACAUACACGAGAGAUUACGGGAGUGGCAGGAUUCUGCCAGUAUGACAACGGUGAUGGAGUUGUCUGGUAUAUGAGCAAGUAAAUCUCCAUUUAAUAUUAGUGAACAUUUUAAAGGAUUUUUUUUUUUUACAUUUCUUUAGAAAAAAGUGGUUUUAAAUAUUCCUGUGUGACAAGUAACACAGAGUAAGAGUACUUCCUAACUGGUCUUCAGACUUGGCUUUUGAUAGUAUACUUCCUUACUGAAUGUUACGUUUUAAAACUAAAGUACCUAAGAAGAAUAUAAAAUAUAUUUGUAAAGCAGAAGUUCUUAUAUUCCUUGUUGUACUGUGUGAAUUAAAUGCCAGUUUGUAUGGUU